GCACCUACCCGUCCGUCUCCGUUAGUGCUCUUGCCCGCCCCGGGUAGUUUUGCGAGAUCUAUCAGUUCCGUGUUGUCACGCGGUACGAUGUUGUUGGGUACGGUGCUUGGCAGGGCGGUGGGUGAGGUGGAAAGGCGGAUCUGCAGAUUGCUUUUGCGUUCCGUCGAACGGGGAUGCGUGUUUUGCGUAGGAAGGAGGAUUACGAUUUCUGCUCACUUUUAUGCCUUCCGUUGUUCGGGAAGAGGCGUAACUUGAGAGAAUAAUUUUCUUCUUUAGUUUGAAGUAGCAAAGUCGAAUUCUUCGGCUUCACUAGGAGCGAAAUUAAAAAUGAUGAAACGGGGCUUCUUGUCAUGAUGAUGAUUCACCCUGUUCAUGGGCUGGGUUUGCCGGUUUCUGGUCUGGAAGCAAACCAACCCAAAAAAAAUAUGUCGGUGCGGUCUGGAUUGGUUUCCACUGGAUUGCUGUGGUUUUGAUUAGUUUAUUGGAUUGGGUUGGUUAUCCGGUUAGAAUGGUUAACACGGGUUGAUAGCUGAAACUCCGAUGAAGAAGCGUGUGUAUCAGUCCAAUCCACCGGCUGUAUUGCUUUGUUUUGCUUUGCAUUGAACGAUUCAGACGCAUGCAUUCUGAAGCUUCUGAAUUGAUCAGAAGAUAGAGCACACCCACGCAGCCUGACGCCUGAGCUUACCGGGCACCGCUGCUCGUGCCCGCCUCCACCGCUGGCGUUCGCGUCCGCUGCUGCCGGUUGCCGCUGCCACGCCCGCCGCGGCGCUCGCAUAGCAGUUGGGACGUCGUCGACCACAACCUCGAGGGUCUGCACAUCGCCGUCGACGAUGCCGUGGCCACCAGCAGCAUCCUGGAGUUGUCUUGACUCCUGCGUGGUGAAGGCAAGCCGCGGGCCCUCAAUUCGGUGCUUCAGACCCUCCGCAAGCUAUCGCCCAUGGCGUCCGUCCUCGUGGAGCAGGACGACGGCCGCAACAAAUGGACCUUUCUUCCUGGGUCGCUUCAUGGAGCGCUCCCACUUCGGCGCGGAGAUACGCAUACGUAGUCGGCUGCGAGGGCGUGGCGCGCAUGGAGCGGCACAAGCGCUCUGACUAGUGGCGGCGCUGCAUGAGCCACGUCGGGUUCCAGUCCAUGCUGAUCAGGACGGCGGCCAGGGCGCGGUAGGCGUCGGCUGUUCUUGGUUCCCAUGAGUCUCGCUGGUUUCUAACUGUGACCGGAUAAAGCUCUGGAAAUCUUUUUCUGGGUAGAUGGGUUAUGGGCCGGACCAUACUAUAACCGUGAUAGUGGAUUUGCCUGGGUUGGUUAUGGUCCGAUAGCCGGUUUCGUCGAACCGUUGAACAGGGUGAAUGAUGAUGGGCUAAAAUAAAUUAAUAGUAUCUUGUAUAAACAUGCAUCCUAGCUUCUCAAAGAGAGUUAAAAUAGUCUAGUGUCAUUUGUCUAUUAUGAUUCAUGGCUAUUUUUCGUAUGCUGAUAGCUUGCUCUCAGAAAUUCAUGUAUACUCACUGCUCUUUUUUUUUUGUAUUUUUCUUUGCAACUGGGCUCUGUUCUCUCGGCCAUUCUUUGUUUGCUGAGGCUCAAUGAGCGGCAGAUUUCCAGAGAUUGAAUGCAAAGUGAUACUUGUUGCUUUCCUGAGCUGAAUUGCCGAUGAGGUUCAUUACAGUUAGAUGACUGAUUUGAGCACUUUGACUGUGAAAUUGGAUUGAAUAAAUGGAGAACAGCCAUUGGUCCUACUGUUACUGGUGUUCUGCUAUUUCUUAGUUCAGUUUUGUGGUCUGAUGAAAGAGAGGGGAUGUUUCUAUUGAUUUUUUUUUGGGUAGGAUCGGAUGAACAACACCUCCUCAUGCCUCCUUAGUUUCUGAUCUGUGGAAAUUCUGCUCGUCCAGCUCAAUAGUUGUGCACACCUGUAGAGAACAACAACAGGGACUAUGCUCAUGACACAGAUUGAUAGAUGAAGUUGGGUGGCUCAUUGCCAGAUCUGCACACAUUACUGCUGUAGUUGGUUGAACUGAUUUUAUUGGCUGAUAAGAUGCAGCAGAAAUCAUCGAUUUGCUAUAAGUGUUUUGUUGUGUUCACUGCCCUGGCCAUGUUUUCAGUUGGGUUCAUUGGCAUCCUUGCUGCAGAUAGAAUCAUGACUGCAGUUGACUUGUUUUGUUUUUACUGAUAUGACGUGCCUACAUAGCUUCUCAUCCUGCUACCUUUGUCAGCAUUUAGUGAACUGGUGACUAAUUUGAUCUUUUUUUCGUGUUCUGUGUUUUGUUAGCACUAGAUAGAGCUUGCAAUGAUAUGCAACUCUUUACGCAAAUGCUUAUUUCUUAGCGGCUCCAGCAAAAUUUGGUUUUUGCACUUUUUUCUAUUCAAAACUCAAGCAACUCCUUUUCUCAAGGGCUCCUUUUUGAAGCUGUUUCUUGUGUAAUCCAUUUUUUAUUAGUACCAUACCAUUGCUGCUUGAGCCUCGAGGACAGUAAAUGCUUCCGCCUUCGGUAAUGGAAGCUGAAUUUUGUUUAGGGUUAACAUUUGCAUAUUGGUACAUUAUAUACAGUAUUCAGUGAUCAUUUAUGGACACUUGAAGGACAAAUGCUGGAGCAGAAAAUUGAUGCUAGACUCACCAGUGUGGACCCUUUGAUCCAUUGUCUUUGUGAUAUUACUUUCAGCCACCUCCAUGCGUUGCACUACAGUUUUGGGAAGACAAACUGGGUUCGCCUAGGAGAUCAGCUAACCAGCAGCUCAGACUUCCACUAUUGUUACCACGGAAAUGCUAGUCGUUUUCCUUUAGGUUUGUGCAUUGGUUUAGAUGGUAUGGUAUGCAAACUAGAGAAUAUGGCAGUGGACAUAUCUGCUUUAUUGUCCUGGCACCAGAAUAUGCUGAAAUUUUUGAGAAGUUAGUUCAUGUCAGUAAUGGUUAAAUUGGUUCCUGGUUGGAAAUAGUCCAGUUCUCCGAAACAUGGUUCCCACUUCCCAGAGGUUCUAUAGCUUUGCUCCUUGUCCGUGUUAACGAGCUUUGCUGUCUUGGGAAUAGACAUAGUUACAGCUAGAUGCAUCUGUGUCAGGAUUAUGAUUUGUUCUUGAAUUACUGAGAUCCAGGAAUAACCUAAUCUCAGUGCUUCUCUUCUGAGAUCAUGCUGGAGAGACACACUAACCGCCACAGGGGAUUUGGCUUCGUGACAUUUGAAGAUCGGAGGGCAGUUGACAGCGCUAUCAAAGAGAUGCAUGGCGAAGAGUUAGAUGGUCGCACCAUCUCAGUGAACAAGGCUGAGCCUAAGAUGAAUACAGACGACACAAGGUAUGAAAGUGGUGGUGGACGAGGAGAGUAUCGUGGUGGCAGAGGUGAUGGUCCACCCCCAGGCAAUUGCUUUGAGUGUGGUCGUCCUGGUCAUUGGGUCCGUGACUGCCCUAGUGCUGCUGGUGGUCGUUCUGGCAGAUUCUCGUCCAAGUUCAGUGGUGGUGGUGGCGGUGGCAGGGGAGACCGUUUUUCUGGAUCAGAUAGGUUUGGUGAUCGUUACAUGGAUGAUCGUUAUGACGGUGGUCGUUAUGGGUACCGUGAUCAAGUUGAUGCAAGGGACAGGUAUGCUGGGGGCCGAGAUCGUUAUGCCAAUGAUCGCUACCCCUCUGGUGGCGAUCACUUUGGUGGAGACAGGUAUGGAGGUGGCCCGGAUCGUUACGUGCCAGGUGGUUAUGGUAGGGAGCGAGAAAGAAGCUACGAGAGAGAUGGAGUUCGUGGUGGCGGCGGCAGCGGCUAUGAUAGGAGUGGCCCAAGGGGUGGUGCUGGCUAUGACAGGGAUGUCCCUAGAGGUGGCGGGGGUGGUGGCUAUGACAGGGAUGGUCCACGUGGUGGUGUCGCUGAUCGUUAUGGCGGUGGAGGACCUGCACGCUAUGAUGGAGGAAGUUGCAGGGAUAGGCCUGGGCCAUAUGAUCGCCCUGGCAGAGGAGGAGGACGUUUUGAUGAUCGCUACUGAUGAACUGCCUGUAGACUCAAGCUCCUUGUCUUGUAGUUUAAUGUUUGCAGUUUUUCAUAGCUGAAUGCUUAAUGCGCUAUGGAAGAUGCUUAAUUUAUCCCUCUUUUGGCACUUUAAUGUCUGCUCUGUAUUUCAACCAGUACUUGGGCGCGGUGUUGCCUUCUUGAUAAGUCUAUCCAGCUGACUGUUUUUGCAUGAGAUGAGUCAUGCUCUGGGCUAUUACCCUGCCUGUUGGAUGUUUCA